UGUGUGCCACAGUCACGGCCAUGGCCACAGGCACGGAGCAGCCAGCAAGAGGGACCCGGGAUGCGGCAGGGUCCCCCACACAUGGCCAGCCUGUGGCUCAGCACUCCGGGGUGCCCCAGCCAGCAGGAUCGGGCUGCGGGAUGGUGUCUCCCCUGGGAUGCUGCUGCAGAGCAGUGCCUGGGAUAUACUGAGCAUCCCACACCCCGAAGCCCCGGUGCUGCUGCCCCUCACCGGACCGGGGAGGACGCAAAGCCGCUCCCUGUCCCGAGCCCAGAGCAGCCUUUCGGUGCCAGCUGGCCCCGGUGGCGGGGUCCCGGCAGGGCGAUGCCCGGUGGCUCUGCCGGGACCCCGCCCGCCCCGGACAGACACCAAAGCGUUAACCUCCCGCUCGGCUCCAUUUCCUGUGCCGCUUGCUUCCCCAUUUCCUUCCCAAAGUUUGGGCAGAACCCAUGGCUGCGGCAGCCGCUCCGCUCCUGUCCCGGCAGCGAAGUCCCGUCCAGCGGCAGCUCUUGGGAACUUUCAGCCAGAUGAUGCUGGCACCUAUUACUGCGUGAAGUUCAUCAAGGGGAAGACUGGUGAGGAUGAGGUGUUUCAGCAUGGCAGCGGCACAGAGGUGUCCGUCUAUGAGACAGCCCUGGUUCCUGGAAUGGUGGCUGCAGCUGUAGUGCUCUGCUUCCUCCUUCUCCUCGGCCUCUUCAUCAUCCUUUGCAUGUACAGGAGGAAGCACCAAGGCGGAGUGGGCAGCCCAUGCCCGGCCAGGACAGUGGCCAUGGGAAGCUUCUUGUCUGUCCCUCUGCAGUGCUGUGCAGGGAGCCCCAGCACCCCCAGUGAAGUCCUGGAUGCAGACAGCUCCCACCUGCCCAGCCAGCAGAGCAGCAAGGAAGAGAACAACAUCCACUACGCCGACCUGCAGCCCCUGCCCCCGGCCCUGUGGCGCGGCAGGAGCCCGGGCACAGCCCCCACCGAGUAUGCCAGCCUCAGGGCAGCUGCCAAGUGACGCAUGGCACCGCUGCCUGCAUGGCCAGCCCCUGUCAGGGUGGAAGAAGGGACGUUUCUGCAGGGCACAAUAAAGAAGAAGUGGAGCUGUUUGCGUGGCACACCCUGAUCUCAGCUCAGCACACCCCGAUCUCGCUCACCAUGCUCGUGUCUCUCAGGGGGAGCUCUCCCAGGACCUGGAAGCCAUCUCAACAGCAGAAGCAGACCACGAGGCCAAGCACCUCUACCUUGUGCAAGCUGUUUGGUGCUGAUGACACCAAGAGGACUUCACACACAAUUGUGUCCACCAGCAUGGGCCUCCACUGGCCCAUUCCCAGCCCACAGGUCCAUAAUUUGUGUUAUUUUUUCACCACCCUCAUUAAAGCCAGCAAACAGCC